AAACAAACGCCGACCUUUCCAUUUCAAAUCUAGUUUUCUAGAUAAUCAUAAAGGAGAUAAUGUCCUACUCUAUUAAUUAGUUGAUUAAUGUGUAUAAAUACAAACGUUUUAUGGUUAAAUAAACAUUUUGUGAUAAAAUAAAUAGGUUCCAGAUAAAUCUUAUGUCAUAGAACCUAAGCUUGGAGUCAACGAAGUUUAAAAAAAACAUUGUUUUCUAUGGAUUGGGUUCCCGCUUUUACUGAAUAAUUUUAAAAAAUUUGAGUGCUAUUUUCAACAUAUUACUUACUAACUAGAGUUCUACAAAAAUGUCGUCAAUAAAAGUUAGGGAAGUAAACGUGAUCCCAGUAACCAAAAUAAAGAAAGAGGUACUGGAUGACGAGGAGUGCGAAGACACAGUGCUAUGCCGGUUUUGCUCUAAAGCAUUUGUGUCAGAAAUGGCAGUGAGGAAUCAUGCACGUAUGGAACACAUCAAGGAGUUCAUGGACGGACAGGAUCUCUGCGUGAAACGGUUCAUGGGAAAUAAACGCAAAUUUACAGAGGAGCAGAAACAAGAUAUUAAAAAGAAGACUUCAGAACUUGUAUCUUCGAUGCAGCCAGCUGCUAUCAACAGCCUCGCGUCCAAGGAUGUGAGCUACAUCAUCAUCAAGAAAGACUCUCCUCACAUGAAGAAGAUGAAGAAGGUUGAAAAAGACAAGGCAGCGAAACCGGUAGUGAGAAAGGAAAAAGACGUUAAACCUAUUAGCGGCCCCUUCGAAUGCCUCCAGCAGUCGUCACACAGCCCCGAUGCGCUCUGCCACCAGAUGUUCCUCUCGUGCUGCGAAUACUCCACCCACUAUAGAGACGAGCACACCCGCAGGCGCAAGGGCAACCGCUGUCAAGUGUGCGAGAAACCUAUAUCGGGCGGUGAACAACUGACACCGUACAGCUGCCAGGUGUGCGGCAUGAGUUUCGAGAACACCAACGAUUUGACGCAGCACAGCCAGACCGCUCACGUCAAGCUGAAGCCGUUCCAAUGCUCCGUGUGCCUCAAGCGGUUCACCCAACAAGGUGGGCUACAGCAGCACAUGCGAAUGCACACCGGCGACCGGCCCUUCGCGUGCACCUUCUGCCCCAAGGCGUUCACGCAGAAGUCCGGUCUGGACCAACACCUGAGGAUACACACCAAGGUUAAACCAUACAGAUGCGUUAUAUGCGGCAAGUCCUUCUGUCAAUCCGUGCACUUACAACAGCACAUGAGAACGCACACCAACGUAGCCCCAUUCCAAUGCGGUAUAUGCCAGAAGCGUUUCAAGCAAAGCAGCCAUCUCAACUACCAUCUUAAAUACCAUAACAUGGUGAAAAUGACGGAUGAACAGAAGGAGAAAUACGCAGUGCUGAUGAGUCAAAUGAUGAAACAGGAGUUUUACGAAAUCGAAAUCGACCAAUCGGAGCAGAUCAUCGACGAAUCGGAGCAGCUCAUCGACCAAUCAGAGGUCGCCCACGAUAUAGAUUCGCAGGAGAAUUCGGUAACUGUUGAAAUCGACCAAUCAGAGGUGACGCAGGAAUCUGACCAAUCCGGACAAGAAGAGGUCGACCAGUCGCAGCUAAGCGAACAAAAAAAUGAGGAAACAUCUGGAAAUGAUACAUACUAUAUUUUGAAUGAUGACGAAGUUUGGUGCGAAGGUGUGGUUUGUGAACAGUGAAUUAAGUGAUACAUGUAUACUAGCGGACCCCAGCGCCAUCUGUUGGGCUGAUUUGUGAAUCUAAACCAUCCAGGGUGCCACCCAAACGCAUACCGAAAAAUUCAUUCAAAUCGGUCUAGCCAUUUAGGAGUUCAGUGACAUACACACGCACACAAGAAAUAUAUUUAUGUUAAUAAAUGUAUACUUGCGACAGGCCCCGGCUUAGCACGGGUGCAAUGGAGAUACUAAUGUGGUGCAGUUUGGAAUGAAUUAUAUUACUAUUUCUUAUUACAAUGAACAUUAAGCUAAGUUUGCUAUACUCCGCGAAAUGCAGGAGAAUCUGUACAGUGUUAUUUAUAAUCUAUUCAAUCUCUAUACUCCACACCAAUUAGAUCUUCCGAAAUGUACUCUCGAAGUACAUUUUAUUAAUUUAACAAAGGUCGCGACAGUUAUUAAUUUAACAAAGGUCGCGACAGUUAUUAAUUUAACAAAGGUCGCGACAGUUAUUAAUUUAACAAAGGUCGCGACAGUUAUUAAUUAAACAAUUUAAGUUAAUAAUUAAACAAUCAAUAACUGUAUAGUAAUAAUUAAUUUUACGUAAUAAUUGUCCUAGGGCUGCAAUAUUUACGGCAGUUAUUCCACCAAUCCGGAAUGGGCCAGCGUGGUGGACUAUGGACUUAACCCCCUUCUAGUGGUGGGAGGAGACCCGUGCCCUGCAUUGGGCCAGUAUAGGGUUGAUAUUAUGAUACCGCAGUUAUUAAUACUGGAGUCUGUGUUUAGCUACAAUUCAAAGCUAGUUUGAAAUAUUAAGAGGGUUUAGUACCAUGUGUAAAUCGAUAAAUACAGGCACAUGUAACUGUACUGUUGGAAUAUGCAGGUCGCAAUUUCUCCUAAACUACAUAAAUAAUUCCGCUUAAACCGCAGGAUUGAUGACUAAUUUAAUAGUCAUCAAUUGCUUUUAAACAAAAAAACAAAUUUGUAUCUUUGAUACAACACUUGUAUCUGUAGAUAUGGAUAAAUAAAUAAAUAAAUAAUAAAUAAAUAAAUAUACUGCGACAAUACACACACACAUCGCC